AACAACACCAUUUUUUUCAAUUUUUUUUCUAAAACUAUCCCUUUUUUUCCAAAUCAUAUUCAACUGCUUGAUCAUCCCCUAAUAUCCAUCGAUUCAUCAUCAUCAUCUUCAAUCCAAACCCAAAUACGUCACAAACUUCAAUCUCACUUUCCCUCUACAUAAAGUCGUCUUUCUCGAAGAUCUCAAACCAAAUUUCACUGCAAAUUUCAUGCAUUUUUCUUCUAUAUCUUCCAUCAUCAAGAUAACGGGAAGAGGGAAAUUGGAACACCUAACAUGUUGACUUUGGAAGGAGAUGUUUACUUCGGCACUGAUGAUUUCUUAUUAGAUCCAAGUUUAAGCGCGAAUGAAGAUGAGGAAUCGAGCGAGCUGUUCGAGAUUGAGCUAGGGAUUGAGGUGCGAUCCAAUUGUAAACUGGAGGAUGAUUGCGGGGAAAGUUGGUUCUCCUUUGAUUUCCGCAAAUCAAACCAUUGCGUUUACGUUGGGAUUAGCGAUAACUUCGAUUCGAGUUUGGACGCCUUGCAAUGGACUCUCCAUUUCGCUGUUUUAUCCUCCACUAUCGUUUAUCUCUUUCGUGUCUUCCCCGAGAUUCGCUUCAUUCCCAGCCCAUUGGGAAUGCUUCCGAGGAGCCAGGUUAGUCCUAAGUGGAGAAGUUCAGGACUGAAGAGAGCAAAAAAGAGGGAGUUUCUUCAAAAGUUUGUUAAUAAAUGUUUGGCUGUUCAGGUAUAUAUCAUCAGCAGAUUACAUUCUAUGCAUUUCAGUUAGAUUUUAUGACCAAGUUCUUUACAAUACAAUUUCACUAACAUUUUACAGGUCAGUGGGGAGGUUGUGAUGAUUGAAAGUGAUAUGGUGUCCAAGGCAAUCCUUGAUCUUAUCGCUCUUUUCCAAAUAAAAAAACUCAUACUAGGGAGCUCCAAACCCAGGUCUAUCUCUCUCUCUCUCUAGACAAACUUACUGAUCUUCAGUUCAAAACACAAAUGUGCAAAUGUCUUGUAUCUCUGGGCUAAAUUUCUGAAUUUUGGAACCUAGAAAAAAAAUGGAGAUCUAAGAGAGGAAAAGGGAUAGCCAGACAUGUACUGCAAAAUGCAGAAGAAUUCAGUGAUGUGAAAAUCAUAUGUGAAGGAAAGGGAUCCGCCAACACCUACCAAGCAAUUGAGUCGCCAUUGUCAUCUUUGUCGUCACACACCACCUCCUCUCCAAAUUUAAACGACAAGAAUAUCCAUUUCAAGAGAGUGGAGAAUGAAUAUCCACGCAGUAGUUUCUUAAGUUGGAGGUGUUUUGGUGGUUAAACCCCAUCUUCAUGUCACUAAUCUACUGAUGACCUUACGUUAAUAGACACCCUUGGAUUCACUUCCCAGGGAACUAUUCUCAAGCUUUAGAUGA